UUUUAACUCCUUUUUAUUUUCUAAUCUAUAUAAAUACCUCAAAAAUUCUUCCCCAAAAUUCUUCUUCUUUUCUUCUUUUAUUCAAUUUACAAACCCUAAUAGCACACACACACAUAAUUCCUCAUUUUUCGCUAUCUAGGCUCCCGAUCAUUACAUUAAUCGCUACAGACACAGCAUGAGUACUGAGGUCCAAGUCGCCAGGCAUGCAAAAGCUAGUAGACGAAGGAAAGAAGCACUGGAUCUUAAUGUUCCUCCACAAGCUGAAAACCUGGAGCAAGUUGGUGGGCCAGCCAUUUCGCUUGGACACGGUGGUCAAGGUGGUGGGCCAGCCAUUUCAGCUAUUUCAGUAGAUCCUAGUGUUCAAGUUCCACCCAGAGCAGCUGGAUCUAUACAAACUACCCCAAUUGAUGUAGAGGAUAUCGAUGAUGAUGUCCUUAUAUCCUCUCCCAGAGCAUUUGAAGAAGCUAAAAAGAAAUCACGGCGAACUCGAAGGACUGUGGUGUUAGAUGUGGAUUCUGACGAAGAAGGUGCUAUUUGGGUAAACCAGGCGAACAAACGUAGAAGAGAUCAAACAAAUUUUCCAAUACCUUACGUGAAUUUGGAAGGAAGUAGCGGCUAUAUGAGGGCGAGACCAAAGUAUGUUGCACGGGCACCGGCUCCACCACCACCUCCACCACCACCACCACCACCACCACCACCGGAGCCGGCCUUUACCUGUCCUAUCUGCAUGGGAGCUUUAGUUGAGGAGGUGACAACAAGGUGCGGUCACAUAUUUUGCAAGGGAUGCCUCAAGCCUGCAAUUAAAGCUCAGCAUAAAUGCCCUACCUGUAGGCGGAAGAUAAAUAACAAAGAUAUGAUCAGGGUUUAUCUCCCGACCACUAAGUGAGUUCAAGGUUUAUGGCGGUCUGGUAGACAAAGUUGGUGUUUAUUAAUAUGGAGGAGAUCUUGGGCCUAGCCAUUAUUCAAAGCAGGGCAUGCAAUUCUGAUUUCUUUCAUUUUGAAGAGGUAGGAGAUACAUGUAGUUGAUAGGAAUCUUAACUCCUUAAAAUGUGUCUUUGGAUCACAUUUAAGUUGUAUCUUGUCGCCUGAAGUCGCUUGGUCUCCUCAAGUGUGAAGCUUUUUAUUCUUUUCUCGUUUAGCUGGUAAUAUGUGCAGUUAAUUAGUGCCUAUCCUUAUAGAGUUUCUAUAGACAUUUUCUUAUACAUGAAAUUGAUUUGUACCCAAAUCCAAGCAGGUAAUAUAGUUUUUUAGGUACUGUUGGUGCA